CCACGGCAUCGGAGGAGGAUCUUGACACCAACUUCCGUGCCUGACCCAAAGCGGGAGUUGGUCCCAGUCGAUCACUUCGACCCCCUUGUCUGCCCGGCGACUGACCGGCGAGGCCACCUUGAAGCUCCAAUAAAUUUCCCGGACAGCUCUCGGUGGUCUUCUCUUUCCUUCCUGUUCCUGGAGAAAGAAGCAGUCGUCGUCGUUCGUUGUGACUUCGUUCAGUUGUACACCUGUACAUACACCGAUCUGAUCUUUCCCCAGAUCAUCCCCUCAUUGCCGUCGUUACUCUCCGUGAUACGGUGACAUCCACUCCCGCCUUCCCCGGCCUACUCCCGAAUUAGUUCCCGUGUUCCCCCCUCUCUCUCUCCGAACACCGGCAAGACUCGGCAUUGCGCCUUUCUUUGACUUUGCGCGCCAACUCCGUCGCAAUCAACCCAAAGACUCUGGGGACUCGACUUGAGUUCUCCCUGAUAUUUUCCCCUCCCUCACCCUUCUUCCCCAUACAUUCUCCCAAAACAGAUACCCUAACGUCACUAUGUCAACAACAGCAGGCGCCUUUAUAGCCGGCGGCAUCGCAGCCUGCGGCGCCGUAACCGCCACGCACCCCUUCGAGACCGUCAAGAUCCGCAUGCAGCUCCAAGGCGAGCUCCAAUCCUCUACCUCCUCCCCUCACUUCUACCGGGGUCCGAUCCACGGUGUCUCCGUGAUCGUGCGCAACGAAGGACUGGGCGGCAUCUACCGCGGUAUCGGGUGCGCGUACAUUUACCAGAUCCUCCUGAACGGAUGCCGCCUGGGGUUCUACGAGCCGAUGCGACACGCGCUUGCGACCACGCUCUUUAACGACGCAAAGACGCAAAACCUGGGCAUCAACAUGUUUGCCGGCGCGGCGAGUGGCAUCAUGGGCGCCAUGGCGGGGUCGCCCUUCUUUUUGGCCAAGACGAGGUUGCAGAGCUACAGCCCCUUUUUGCCGGUCGGCACGCAGCAUCAGUACAAGAACGCCUGGGACGGGUUGACGAAAAUCUACAAGGGGGAGGGUGUGAAGGGGUUGUACAGAGGUGUUGGGGCGGCCAUGAUCAGGACGGGCUUUGGAUCUUCGGUGCAGCUCCCCACGUACUUCUUUGCGAAGAGGCGGUUGGUAAAACACUUGGGCAUGGAGGAGGGGCCGGCGCUGCAUUUGGCGAGUAGCACGGCGAGUGGAUUUGUGGUUUGCGUAGUGAUGCAUCCUCCUGACACAAUCAUGUCCCGCCUCUACAACCAAAACGGUAACCUGUACAAGGGCGUCUUCGACUGCUUGGCCAAGACCAUCCGCGCCGAGGGUUUCUUCGCCAUCUACAAGGGCGUCAUCCCCCAUCUUACCCGCAUUCUCCCGCACACCAUCCUGACCCUCAGCUUGGCCGAGCAGACCACGAAGCUGGUCAAGAAGCUGGAGGACAAGAUUCUUGGGCCCGAGACCCGGGUCCUAUAGACGAGCGCACGAGUCCUAUAGUCUUUGGAGACUGCUCAACCAUUGGGCAUGGGCCAUGGGCCAUGAUGGAGGUGGUGCCUACUAGGUCACCAGGCCCCAGCUCGAUAUAUGAUUGAAGAGGGGAGGGGAAAGGGGCACCAAUGAAAGGGGAGGAUAUAACCAAAAAAGAAAGGAAACGGACGGGUUUGAAAGAACGCGGUUCGGUGGGGAGGAAACGGUGAUUUUCUACAAUCGAACAUCUGGCUAUAGACUUCAUCGGCGGGCGGAUAUCCUCUUUUUGUUCUAGACAUCAGGCGUUAAUCUCUUCUUUUUUUUUUUUUCUUUUUUUUUUUCUUGGCUUAUGGGAAGCGUUUUUACUUCCUCUUACUCUUUUUUUGUGGAAUUGGUUGUCGGGUAGGGAGGUAGGGUAGGCGACAGGUCGGGUCUCAUGGGGAGGUCUGACGGGAUCAUAUACACAUUUUCGUUUUUUGAUAAUCGUGGUUACCAACUAGAGGGCAGCGAAGGCUGGCGUGCUUUUUGUUCAGAUCGGUUUUUUGUAAGCAUGGAGGGUGAUAUAUCUAGAUUUCGGGGUGCUGGAUUGUUUGAUGUAGGUUAACGUUACGUUACCUACCUUUGCCUUCGUUGUCUCCCUGGUUGUUGAGCGAAGAAGCAACAAGGGAACAAGAAUUAAACCACGGCAUCUGGGGCCAAUACCGCAUGAUAACCUUUCAGUUUCAAAUAUAGAG